CUCACUCACUCACUCACUCACUCACACACUCUCUCUCUCACACACACUCACUCUCACACUCUGACACGGGAAGAUGUGGCUCAGGCUCUUCUUCCUGCUCCUCUACUUGGUGCUGCUCUUCCUGCUGGCCCGCUUCUUCGAGGCCAUCGUGUGGUACGAGACGGGCAUCCUGGCCACGCAGCUCGUGGACCCCGUGACGCUGAGCUUCCGCAAGCUGAAGACCAUCCUGGAGUGCCGGGGCCUCGCCUACUCGGGGCUCCCCGAGAAGAAGGACGUGCGGGAGCUCGUGGAGAGAUCAGGCUCGGUGAUGAAAGGCGAGUUGUACUCGGCCCUGAAGAACGCCGAGGAGCAGGCAGAGUCAACCUCCAGCACGAGCUUCAGCGGGGAAGUGCACUUCUACGAGCUGGUGGAGGACACCAAGGACGGCAUCUGGUUGGUGCAGGUUGUAGCCAAAGACAGAGACCCUCUGCUGAGCAAAUCCAACUGGGGGAAGAUGGUCCAAAAGGUGUCCAAGUUUGGGAUCAGGACUGGAACCUUCAACUGCUCCAGUGACCCCAGGUACUGUCGUAGGCGCGGCUGGUUGAAGUCGACCCUCAUCAUGUCUGUGCCUCAAACUAAUACUUCCAAAGGGAAGGUGAUGCUGAAGGAGUACAACGGGAGCCGCAUCGAAACGGAGCACAUCUUCAAGUGGAUGACCACGCACGUGGCUUCGCGGAUCAAAAUCAUUCGCCUGCCGCAGCAGCUGCGACAGGAGUGGAACAGGAGUGACCAGUACGCCGUGAAAAUGUUCCUCUUUGCCAAGUUGGCCCAGCCUCCGGCCUUCUUCUCAGCGCUCAGCGUCAAGUUCACCGGUCGCAUUGAGUUCAUCUUCGUAGAUGUGCAGAACUGGGACAAUGACAGCUGCAUGGAGGAUGUUGGCGUUCACCAAGUUCCUUCCUACAUCUUCAAGACCCCAGAAGGUACUUACAGGUAUGGGAACAGCACAGGAGAGUUCAUCUCCCUUCAUGCCAUGGACACCUUUUUGCGCUCUGUGCAGCCAGAGGUCAACGAUCUUUUCCUACUGAGCUUGGUCAUGGUGAACCUCAUGGCCUGGAUGGACCUGUUCAUAACACAGGGUGCCACUAUCAAGCGCUUUGUGGCCCUUAUAAGUACACUUGGGACGUACAACUCCCUGCUUAUCAUCUCUUGGCUGCCCAUCCUGGGGUUUCUGCAGCUGCCGUACCUGGACAGCUUCUACGAGUACAGCCUCAAGCUGCUGCGAUACGCCGACACCACUACGAUCGCCUCCUGGGUCAGGGCGGACUGGACCUUUUACUCUUCGCACCCCGCACUCUUCCUGAGCACCUACCUGGGCCACGGACUUCUCAUCGACUACUUUGAGAAGAAGAGGCGGCGCAACAGCGACGACGAGCUCAACGCCAACAACCUAGAGUGGCUCUCGAGCCUGUGGGACUGGUAUGCCAGCUAUCUCAUCCACCCCAUUGCUUCUUUACACCAUUUCAAUGAGUCUGACUUCGAUGAAGACCCCAGUCUGCUCCUGCAGAGGCUGGCCUUCCCCGAUCUCUGGCUCCGCCCGCUCGUUCCCACCGAUUACAUCAAGAACCUCUCCACCUGGCGUUUCCGGUGCGCCGCGUGCCCCGCGAAGGAGGUGAGCGGCGAAGGCGAGCGGAGGUGUUGCGGUGACACCGGCGCACAACCACCGGAGGAUCCACCUUACAGCGACCACCAUGGUACAGACACUGAGCUCACAUCUCACCGAACGUGUGUCUGCUCGAAUCCGGCUGGCUCCGCCGGGGAGGCCGACUGGUCCUCUUGGCCCUGCGACAUGCUCCAGUGCACCGAGUGCGUCGUGUGCUUGGAGAACUUUGAGAACGGUUGCCUCAUCAUGGGACUGCCGUGUAGCCACGUGUUCCACCAGCAGUGCAUCGUGGUCUGGCUGUCCGGCGGGAGACAUUGCUGCCCCGUGUGCCGGUGGCCGCCUUACAAGAAAAAAGGAGAUCGAUCAGACCACAUAGCAAACGUGCAAGGAUGACAUGUAUGAGGGUAGGGUCAGGUGAGGUAAGGUGAGGUCAGGUGAGGUUUGGUGCUGCGUGUGCACACUGGCAGGGAACCAGCUACCUGUGCCUGACUUGCUCUAGGUCUUCACGUGUCAGUUUUGGUCCGUAGAACUUUGUUGUUAGACUUGUUUUUGUGAUUCGAAUCAUAAUUACACACUGGGCAGGUGAGUUGGUAUGAGAAACAGGUAGGUAAUAUUACAUUAAUAUUAAUUUUGGUAAACUUUUAAGUUUGGUUGCCUUGAUCAUUUUAAAGAAGAAAUUAUUUCAGAUAAAACGCUCAUGUACUAAAACUCGUUCAUUCGAAGCUAAAAGUACCAGCUGAGGAUGUUUGAGGAGGAGUGUGUAUCAAAUGUUAAAUGCCAUAAACAUGCAAUUAAACGUUUAGAAAUGCUUGCAAACAAAGGGGUUCUUUUUCCAAGUUACUGUCCUUGUAUUUGGACCUGUUUCUGUUGGCCUCCUGUCUCCAUGGUGGUGGAUGUAGUUUUAACCCUGGAAGCACAAGGAUCAUAACAUAAAAGUUAUGAGAUUUUUUUGCCUCAGUCCUUUAUUGUGGCAGUUUCUGGUAUUUUUAUUUUUGGUUUUGCUAUUUUUGAUGCUGUGGGUCUCUUUAUAAGUCUGCGUUUUGAACCAGGGCUGGGAUGCACGUCCUCUGUCCUGACCUACAGCUGGGGCAGCGGGGUGAGGCUCAGCGGUACCUUGGCGACAGGAGGGGAUGGAAGAGCUGAAAAUUGGUCCCUAUAAAUAUACUCGGCUUAUUAUGCAGCUACUUUCAGUGUGUUGUUAUUGUGUUUUACCAUUACAUUAUGUGCUCGGUCAUCUCCCUUUGCUCCUUGUACAGAAAUGUUCCUUCCUGGCUUCUGCAGAUCAGUGCAAAGCUGAGUUUUCCUUCCUGUAUAUCGCUGAAUGCACAGCGACAAGGAGGGAUCGGCAUACUGAACACUGACACAGAAGGGCGGUGGUUCUAGUAGAGGGCGACACCCACAAGACGUAUGACUGCAGAAGGAACCAAAUCAACACACUAACUUAUGUUUCAUCUUAUUUAUUCACCUUAAUAUUUAAAUUUCAUAGCUUGACCCUGAAAAAAUAAAAAAUACUAA